AUGAUUAGCAUUAAUUUUGCAAUAGCCGCUUUUGUAUUGGGAAUAUUUUACUUUGUAGUUCUACUACCACUGGUUCCAUUAAUAAAGAUAAAAAUAUAAUUAGGAGAAAAGGCUGUUCUUAUGUAUUAUCCACUAGCAGGAUUGUAUAAGAUCUUCAUGGAUUCAAUUAAAAAAGAGAAAGAUGUAAUAAAGACCAUAAAUAAUGUGUUAAGAAAGAAUCCAAAUGUUGUUGUAAUAUUAUCAAAUUUUAUUCAUAAACCUUUAUUGAUUUGGACAGGAAAAGAGUAUAUAAAAGAUAUGUAUUUGGAUCAUGCAAGUUAUGUUAAGUUAGAUCCUUUUAUGAUUGAAUCAAUGGUAUAAAAGGGAUUGGUUUUUAGUGAGGGAGAUUUUUGGAAAAGAUAAAGGAAAUUUUUAGGUAGUACAUUUACUUUUGAGAAACUUACUUCUCGUUUACCUAUGAUAAAUUAGGUUAUAGAUAAAAUAGCAAAGGAUGAUCCUAAGAAUAAUUUAAAUGAGUUUACAUCAAGAAUUACAGGAGAAGUAGUUAUUUAAAGCUUUUUCGGUGAUUUAGCUAAAGGAUUUUAGAUAGAAGAAAAAGAUGCUUAGGUUGCAAUAGUUGAAAUUCUUAGUGAAAUAACCUUAUUACCAAUUAAUAAUCCAUUCAUUUAAUUAAAAUAAAUGAUAUUUGAGUAUAAGUCUUGGUAGAUAUUUCCAACUUAGAAGGAAAAGAAUCUUCUAAGAAGAAUAUAAAAUUUUAAAUAAGUUAUUAGAACUAUGAUAGAAAAAAGAAUAGAAUAACUAAAAAAUUAAAAUUUAGAAAAUCAAGAUUAAAUGGUAUUCUUAGAUUUAUAUGUAAGUGAAUAUUUAAAAUAAUAAUCAUAACCAGAUAGAAAAUAAGAAAUAAAUAUUGAAGAAAUAAUUCAUUAAUUUUUAACACUAUUCUUUGCAGGUACUGAUACAACAGCAACAACAUCUGGAACAUGUUUAUAUUAUUUGGCAGAAUAUCCAGAAAUGUAAAAUGAGAUUUUAUAAGAAGUUAAUGAGAUAGUAGGUGAAAAUAAUGAUAUUAAAGAAGAACAUUUAAACAAGUUAGUUAGAAUAAAUGCUUUAAUUUAAGAGGUUUUAAGAUAUAGAAAUCCAGCUUUCUGUCCAAUUAUUAGAACUGUUAGAUAAGAUAAAUAAUUAUUAGAUGUUAAAAUGAAAAAGGGAUGGUUAACAUUUUAAUAUCAUAUAGGACCAGGAUUACUUGAUUAACAUUUUGAUAAUGCUUCUUAAUUUGAUUAUAAGAGGUGGUUGAAUAAAGGAAAUAUAAUAAAAAAUGAUAAUGGUUUUGUACAUAUUCCAUUUGCAGCUGGUCCUAGAAAUUGUAUUGGAUAACAUAUGGCAAUUAUGGAGAUUAAGAUAAUAAUAGCAAAAUUAGUUAGAUAAUUUAAGAUUAAAUUGAAUCCAGAUAUUAAAGAAAUUAUUUUUGGAAUAAAAUUCUUGUAUUGUGUUGAACCAGAUAAUUGUUUAUUAUUUGAGGAAAGGAAGUGAUAG